GUUCACAACAAGCUCCAAUGUCAGGCCACAUGUCUGAGAACUGUUAGAAAUUUCCUGAAAGAAAAUAAUCCAGAUUUCAUGGGAGAAAGAUAAGAAUGAAAUAACAAUAUUGAUGCACUGUGGUAUUAAAUAUGAUAAAGUUUCAUGUAAAUAUGAAUUCUUGUGCCUGUGGAUGGUUCUACUGGAGCAUCUAUUGUUCAUCUUUUGUUUGCACCUCCAGUCCUGAAAUGUGUCUUAAAAUGUCUCAUAGCUCUGUGACGUACUUAUCCUCUUAAUCUACAAGACAGCUCCCUGGAUUGAGAGAGUGAGAACCAUAAUCCGAUUUGGCACCUCGAGGGGUGAACAAGAAGCAGAUAACUCAUCUGGGUCCAGAGGUUAAACACAAAGAUACAACAGUCUUUACUGCAAGUCUGUCAGCAGGAUGGGAAACACAAAGAGCAGUGCUUUAUCCAAAGAACUUCUGGAGGAUCUUAAAUCCAACACAAAGUAUACAGAGGUUGAGCUGUGCUCCUGGUAUCAGUCCUUCCUGAAGGAGUGUCCCAGUGGGAAGAUCAGCAAAGAACAGUUCGAAGGAAUCUAUGCCAGCUUCUUCCCAAACGCAGACUCCACUGAAUAUGCCCGCCAUGUGUUCAGGAGCUUUGACACCAAUGCAGACGGCACUCUGGACUUUAAAGAGUAUAUUGUGGCUUUGCACCUGACGUCGGGAGGAAAGACUCUGCAGAAGCUGGAGUGGGCUUUCGCUCUGUACGAUGUAGAUGGAAACGGAACCAUCAGCAGCAAUGAAAUUCUCGAGAUCGUCCGGGUAUUUAUAACUUCUUUCUUUAUAAAUAUUGCAGAAAACAGAAAACCUUUGGUGAUUGGAAGAUUUGUAAAAACUGAUUGAAUAAAUGAAAGUAUUUGUAACUUUGGACUUUUUAAACAGAAACAAUUAGGCUUACCAUAACUUUCUAGAGUAUGCUUAUCACCUGUCUUCGCCUUCUUCUUCUUCCAUCUUUAUGUGCAUGUGGUUAAGCAUCGAAGUAGCAUUUCUUUGAUACACAUGUUUAACACUCCAUAUCUUGCGCAGCAUUUCACUGUCGUCUUUUUUGUCAAAAUACCUCCACACAUCACUUUCCUGACCACAGUUGACAUGGCGCAUGUGCCUGUAAGCUAAUUGAGUUGCUGUACUUUAGCCGAGAACAACGCAUUUGCGAGUAGUGUAUCAAUACUCGAGUGAUGAUGGUAACGAGUACUUGAGUACUCAAACAUUCAUCCCCAGCCCUAAUAUCCAUAUUCACUCAAAGGAGAAUGUGAGUGUUCAUCAUAUGUUUGUUAAUUUUAUUCAUCAUGGAUGUUUUAUUUUAAAAGUAUUCUAAAAAUUAACUUCCUGCAGUCAAUAUUCAACAUGAUUUCUGUGGAUGACCAGAAGAACCUCCCUGAGGAUGAAAACACACCGGAGAAAAGGGCAGAAAAAAUCUGGGAAUUCUUUGGGAAGAAGGAGAACGGUAACGACCGAUUAAAUGACACUGUUUGAUAGCUGGUGUGAUAUCAUUGUUCUCACACUGUGACUGUGCUGAUACUUUCUUUGCAGAUAAAAUCUCUGAAGGAGAGUUCAUUCAGGGUGUGAUGAGCAACAAGGACAUCCUGCGGCUGAUUCAGUACGACGAGCCUCAAAAAAUCAAAGCGAAGCUAAAAGAGAAGCAACAGUAGUUUAUGAUUGAUAAGGGGAUAGAUGAACCUCACCUCCCACCAUGUGCUUUUAAAACUGUUUACUUUCUUACACUGUUCGUUUGACUGCUGCUCUUUUCAAAAUGUCUUUUUAUUUUUCACUCAACUGUUAUAAUUUUGUCUUUGUGCCCAGAAAGUUUUUAGAAGCUGCACUCUUUGACGGAAAAAAUGAAAAUUUAAAUGUUUUUUUUAGAAAUCAAUUAUUGAAAUAAAGAUAAAUUAUACUGCCUCAGAAAACCCAACAUAGUCAUUACAAGAACUGUCAAAUUAUAUUAUUUAUGAUGCAGUUAAACAGACAGAAAUAGAGGUGUUAUUUUUCUUUAAUCUCUUGCCAUAGAUAAGCUCAAGUUGACAAGUCAGACGUGUUGUGUACAGUGUAAUGGAAUUGAAAUAUCACCAAAGUACUUUGACUUUGGGCUCCACCUGUGAACUAAGCAUACAGGUGCUGCUCAUCAGGUAUGUCAGCCAGCAACUGCAGCACCAAUUUUGAAGUUUUUGAAUCACCAAAGACCUGUGGAUUAAGCUAAAUCAAAGAAAUUAACCACAACAGGCCAGCUUGGAGUCUAUGGGAUGUCCUCAGGUUGGCAUAUGCCAUACUUCUGUGUGAAGCAAUAGUGUCGCACAUAUCUGGACCUGUAUGAAAGCAACGAAACUGGAAAUCCUGAGGAGGGCAUCAAUUUGAUUCUCAGAUUAAUUCGUAUUCUGAUCUAUUGACACAUAGCCUGUGUUGGCAAAUUAAUCUAAAUUUGAUGUUAACAUAGCUCCGUGUUUGUUCACUCUCAGUUUCAGACAUUAGUUGGUAAUAAUGACUUUAACAGAGAAGAUUAUAAAGGAGUUAGGCUCAGGUUAACAAUCCACCUGAUUAAGAUGAUCCUGUUAAAUGCUGAAGGUCAGCAAAUAUAAACUCACACCUCACCCAGAGUUUAGUCCCUCAGAUUACUUAACACCUCACACAGUCUCACUUCAAACACAGUAACAGUCAGAUUUUUUUUACAUUUUCUGAUCUCAUAUGGUCAGUCUAACACAGACUCAGUGGAAAUAGAUGUCAGUGGAAAUCUGAAGUAAAUCCAGAAAUUUAAAACAUCAUUGAGCUCAUAGGUGGAUCAAGGGAUGAAAUGACAAGUAUACAUUACAUUGAGAAAAUCUUAACAUUUCUUUUCCCCUGUCCAGAUUUAAAAUGACAAGCAUGUAGAAUAAAUUUUAAAUCAAAAA